GCUCACUUCAUUUAAAUUCUCUCUUUCUGCUCUGCUUUUCGCCCAGGGAAGCAAGCGGAGGAGCGAGGCGGAUGGCUGAGCUUGCCCGGGAGAGCCUAACCCGGCUGCUCUCUGAGGAGGGCAGGAGGGAGAGAGCGGGAGCGGCAGCAGCAGCAGCAGCAGCUCGCACUGCAGCCUCUUUUUUUAUGCGGGCUGCCCCUUUCCGCUCAGCCAGCGCAGCCUGCCCCGAGCGGCGGGCCGAUCGCCUCCAUCCCUCCGCAUUUGGUAUGCAUGAGCACUGCUGUUCCCACGCAGGAGCCCGCUGCUCUCUUAAGGAGGCUCGGCGGAGCGGCUCGCCCAGCCCAGCCCAGCCCUCUGCCCGCGCCCGGCGCGCCCUGCCCGGGGGAUGCCCCCAAGCCGGGCGGCGGGCGGGCGCUGCCAGCUCUGCGGCUCAUCUCCCGGCGGGGUCCGCGAGGGGUCAUGAAUCAGACCGACGCUCCCCGGCCGCUCAACUGGACCAUCCGGAAGCUGUGCCAUGCUGCCUUCCUCCCGUCCGUCAGGCUUCUUAAGGCACAGAAAUCAUGGAUAGAAAGAGCUUUCUACAAGAGAGAGUGUGUUCAUAUCAUACCCAGCACCAAAGACCCCCAUAGGUGUUGCUGUGGGCGUCUAAUAGGUCAACAUGUUGGACUGACUCCAAGUAUCUCCAUUAUCCAGAAUGAGAAAAAUGAAAGCAGGCUUACUCGCAAUGACAUCCAAUCAGAGAAGUGGUCCAUCAGCAAGCACACACAGCUCAGCCCGACGGACGCUUUUGGAACUAUUGAGUUCCAAGGAGGAGGCCACUCCAAUAAAGCCAUGUAUGUACGUGUGUCUUUUGACACAAAACCUGACCUUCUUCUGCACCUGAUGACUAAAGAGUGGCAGCUUGAGCUCCCUAAACUUCUCAUCUCUGUGCAUGGGGGCCUUCAGAAUUUUGAACUUCAGCCAAAGCUCAAGCAAGUCUUCGGGAAAGGCCUCAUUAAGGCUGCUAUGACAACCGGAGCAUGGAUAUUCACUGGAGGAGUAAACACAGGGGUCAUUCGCCAUGUUGGAGAUGCACUGAAAGAUCAUGCCUCAAAAUCUCGAGGGAAGAUAUGCACCAUUGGUAUAGCUCCCUGGGGAAUUGUUGAAAAUCAGGAGGACCUGAUUGGCAAAGAUGUGGUCCGACCAUACCAGACGAUGUCCAAUCCCAUGAGUAAGUUGACAGUGCUCAAUAGUAUGCAUUCACAUUUCAUUUUGGCUGACAAUGGCACUACUGGCAAAUAUGGAGCAGAAGUGAAACUCCGUAGACAGCUGGAAAAGCACAUUUCACUUCAGAAGAUAAAUACAAGAAUUGGUCAGGGGGUUCCAGUGGUGGCCCUCAUUGUGGAAGGAGGUCCCAAUGUUAUCUCUAUCGUUCUGGAGUACCUGCGAGACACGCCUCCUGUUCCUGUUGUGAUAUGUGAUGGCAGUGGUCGGGCAUCUGACAUCCUUGCCUUUGGUCACAAAUAUUCUGAAGAAGGCGGACUUAUCAAUGAGUCUUUGAGGGACCAGCUGCUAGUUACCAUCCAGAAGACUUUCACAUACACUCGAACCCAGGCACAACACCUCUUCAUUAUCCUCAUGGAGUGCAUGAAGAAGAAGGAACUGAUCACAGUCUUUCGUAUGGGAUCAGAAGGACACCAGGAUAUUGAUUUAGCUAUCCUUACAGCAUUACUAAAAGGAGCUAACGCAUCUGCUCCUGACCAGCUGAGCCUGGCAUUAGCCUGGAACAGAGUAGACAUCGCUCGCAGUCAGAUCUUUAUUUAUGGGCAGCAAUGGCCGGUGGGCUCCCUUGAACAAGCAAUGCUGGAUGCACUGGUGUUGGACAGAGUGGAUUUUGUGAAAUUACUCAUAGAAAAUGGAGUAAGCAUGCAUCGGUUUCUCACCAUCUCUCGGCUAGAGGAAUUGUAUAAUACGAGACAUGGACCAUCCAACACUCUGUAUCACCUAGUCAGGGAUGUCAAAAAGGGAAAUUUACCUCCUGACUAUCGAAUUAGCCUGAUUGAUAUCGGCUUGGUGAUAGAGUACCUGAUGGGAGGAGCAUAUCGCUGCAAUUACACCCGAAAACGGUUCAGAACACUGUACCACAAUUUAUUUGGCCCCAAGAGGCCAAAAGCCCUGAAACUGCUGGGAAUGGAGGAUGAUGUCCCUUUGCGGCGAGGGAGGAAAACAACUAAGAAAAGAGAAGAAGAAGUUGAUAUUGACUUGGAUGACCCUGAGAUCAAUCAUUUUCCUUUCCCGUUCCAUGAGCUAAUGGUGUGGGCUGUGCUUAUGAAGCGUCAGAAGAUGGCCCUCUUCUUUUGGCAGCAUGGGGAGGAGGCUAUGGCUAAAGCAUUGGUGGCCUGUAAGCUCUGCAAAGCCAUGGCCCAUGAAGCAUCAGAAAAUGACAUGGUGGAUGACAUAUCCCAAGAGCUGAACCAUAAUUCCAGGGACUUUGGCCAGUUGGCAGUGGAGCUGUUGGACCAGUCGUACAAGCAAGACGAGCAACUGGCAAUGAAACUGCUGACCUACGAGCUGAAGAACUGGAGCAAUGCCACAUGCUUGCAGCUCGCAGUGGCAGCCAAGCACAGGGACUUCAUUGCUCACACUUGCAGCCAAAUGCUGCUCACAGACAUGUGGAUGGGUCGUCUACGGAUGCGCAAAAAUUCUGGCCUAAAGGUAAUUCUAGGAAUUCUACUUCCUCCUUCAAUCCUCAGCUUGGAGUUCAAGAACAAAGAUGAUAUGCCUUACAUGUCUCAGGCCAAUGAGAUCCAUCUUCAAGAAAAGGAGCCAGAAGAACCAGAAAAACCAGUGAAAGAAAAAGAGGAGGAGGACAUGGAACUCACUGCAAACAGCAGGAGCUGCCCUCAGGACCCCGUCUGCAGGCAGGCAGAAGGACCUGCCUACAGGACCCAAUAUGCAGGCAAGCCGAAGGAGCAGCCCACAAGAUCCACCUACAGGACUCGCUUGCAGGCGAUGCUGGGACGAGGGAAUGGAGAAUCCUCAAGAAAGAAAGAGGAAGAGGAAGUUCAGAGCAGGCACAGACUGAUUCCUGUUGGAAGAAAGAUUUAUGAAUUCUACAAUGCUCCUAUUGUUAAAUUUUGGUUUUACACACUGGCAUAUAUAGGCUACUUGAUGCUGUUCAAUUACAUAGUGUUAGUGAAGAUGGAUCGCUGGCCAUCUACACAGGAAUGGAUUGUCAUCUCAUACAUUUUCACUCUAGGAAUAGAGAAGAUGAGAGAGAUAUUGAUGUCAGAGCCUGGGAAACUGUUGCAGAAGGUAAAAGUUUGGCUCCAAGAGUACUGGAAUGUUACGGAUCUCAUAGCUAUCCUCCUGUUCUCUGUUGGGAUGGUCCUCCGUCUGCAAGAUCUGCCACUGCGGAGUGAUGGCCGGGUCAUAUAUUGUGUUAACAUCAUUUACUGGUAUAUACGGUUACUAGACAUCUUCGGAGUAAACAAAUACUUGGGACCAUAUGUUAUGAUGAUUGGAAAAAUGAUGAUCGACAUGAUGUAUUUUGUCAUCAUCAUGUUGGUGGUUCUGAUGAGCUUCGGUGUCGCAAGACAGGCUAUUCUCUUCCCCAAUGAGGAGCCUUCGUGGAAGCUGGCAAAAAACAUUUUUUACAUGCCUUAUUGGAUGAUCUAUGGGGAAGUGUUUGCAGACCAGAUAGACCCUCCUUGUGGUCAGAAUGAAACUAGAGAAGAUGGUAAAAUAAUCCAGCUGCCUCCCUGCAAAACAGGAGCAUGGAUUGUUCCUGCCAUCAUGGCCUGUUACCUCUUGGUUGCAAACAUCCUUUUGGUGAACCUUCUGAUUGCUGUUUUCAACAAUACAUUUUUUGAAGUCAAAUCCAUAUCCAACCAAGUAUGGAAGUUUCAAAGGUAUCAACUAAUCAUGACAUUUCAUGAAAGGCCAGUUCUCCCACCACCCCUGAUCAUUUUCAGCCAUAUGACUAUGAUAUUCCAACAUCUCUGCUGUAGAUGGCGGAAACACGAAAGUGACCCAGAUGAGAGAGACUACGGACUAAAACUUUUCAUAACUGAGGAUGAAUUGAAAAAAGUCCAUGAUUUUGAAGAGCAGUGUAUAGAAGAAUAUUUUAGAGAGAAGGAUGACAGAUUUAAUUCCUCCAAUGAUGAAAGAAUCCGUGUCACUUCAGAAAGGGUAGAGAACAUGGCCAUGCGACUGGAAGAAGUAAAUGAACGAGAGCACUGCAUGAAGGCUUCUCUGCAGACUGUCGAUAUCAGGCUUGCUCAGCUGGAAGAUAUGAUAGGACGAAUGGUGACAGCCUUAGAAAAACUGACUGGCAUAGAGAGAGGUGAGACAAACAAGAUACGAUCCAGGACCUCAUCUGACUGUACAGAUGCAGCCUACAUUGUGAGGCAGAGUAGCUUCAAUAGUCAGGAAGGAAAUACUUACAAGCUUCAAGAGAGCAUAGAUCCUACAGGAGAGGAGUCCAUGUCCCCAACAUCUCCUACAAUCACACCCCGCAUGCGAAGCCACUCUUUCUAUGCAACAAAUAUGAAGGACAAGUGUGGGUUGGAAAAGUUUGAAAGCAUUUUUAAGGAAAGGUCUCCAAGCCUGCACCGGGCUAGCAGUUCCCACUCAAUAGCAAAAGAAGGAAAGGUUCCCUUAGCCCCUACCAGCACUUUGUCAAUUGCCCCAGACUCCAGAAGACCUUCGUCUUGUAUAGACAUCUAUGUUUCUGCAAUGGAUGAGAUGCAUUCUGACACAGAGCCUCUUGACAGCUCCAUAAAUAUUCUUGGUACUGUAGAUGCAGCCCUACAGGCUCACAUAGCCUCUUCCAUUUUAGCUAACAGUGCGUAUAUUAGCAGUACACCUAGUGAAAAGAUUUCUGGCAGAAGUCUUGAUUAUGAGGAAACAUCUGGAAUAGACACAAGAGCAUUUUCUUCAGACUAUUCACAAAUCACAGAUUGCCAAAUCCCCUGGGAUUCAGACCCUCCCUUGUACCACACUUUAGAGCGAUCCAAAAGCAGUCGUUAUCUGGCUACAACUCCAUUCAUUCUGGAGGAAACACCAAUUGUGAAAUCUCACAGUUUUAUGUUCUCACCAUCUCGAAGCUACUUCAGCAGCCUUGGCGUCCCAGUCAAAACAGCAGAGUACACAAGUAUUACAGACUGCAUAGACACAAGGUGUGUGAGCGCUCCACAGACCAUCGCAGAGAGGGCCAGUUUUCCUGGAAGCCUUGGGGGCAAGGUGGAAGAUUUGGGAUGCUGCCACCCAGAGAGAGAAGCAGAACUAAGCCACCCAAGUUCUGAUCAUGAAGAUAAUGAGUCCAAAGACAAGAAGGGAAUCUCCUUAUCUCCUCAAGAUGGCAAUGCCACAAGAACUCUGACCAACAGCAUCCCACUUCCAAAAAUAGAGCGGGCCAACAGCUACUCUGCAGAGGAGUCCAACAUGCUGUAUGCACAGCACACACGGAAGAGCUAUUCAAUCAGUGAUAAACUUGACAGACAGCGAAAUGCAACGAGCCUGCGAAACCCCUUCCAGAGGAGCAAGCCCUCAAGGCCCGAGAGCAAAGGAGACAACCUGUCCAUGAGGAGACUAUCGAGAACAGGAGCCUUCCGUAGCUUUGAAAGCAAGCACAGCUAGGCCUAGACAAAUUUAGCAGGCAGGAUCAUCUGUUCUCCAGUCCAUUUUCCCUAGAAGAAUUAACACACCUCAUAUCAUUCCAUGUCAACUCCAGUUGGCAUCAGCCUCCGGUCAAGGGAGCACAUUGUCAAUCUCAGCUGCUCCUGCUGAGCUACUGCAUCUUGACCCAGUUGACAUUUGCACUUAAGGAAAAAGGGAGGGACAAAAUAUUUAUGAACACCUCAGUAAACAAGAAAAAAAAGCCCCCUUUAUGAAGUCUCAAGUAAUAACUGAGUUCAGAAAUAUGCCUUUUACUAGAAGGCAUCCUAAGAUCUAUUAUUCACAAGUUUUUAUGACACAGAAAUUAACUGGAAAAAAGAGAUGUACAAAUUAGAUGUUCUAAACUUCAAUCAUGACUUCCUUUUCAUCUGUUUCACCAUUGUGAUGACUGAUGAAAAGCAUUUGUUAUUUCUGUAGGAACUGGCAGCAAGUAAAUCUAAAGUCUCCCAAAUACCAUACUUCCCUGCUCUUGUGUAAAUGAAGAAAGAUGAACAAGAUAACAACCAUAAAGUUCACUUGUCUCUUUUUGUAUCAACUUCUAGUUUCACAAAACAAAAUAAUAAUAAAAAUUAAAAAAAU